GAUGCUGCGCACCAACGGACAGGAGACUGGGCCAAGCACACAGACGUCAGACACAACGAUGCCCAAUCUCGAGUAGUUGGACAGUUGGAAGCCACAAAGGAAAAUCGUUUGGGAUAUUAACAUAAGAACAAGGCUGACUCACAACAACAACAACAACAACAACAAGAGCAAACGUAAGGGAAAAUUGGAAAAUCGAAAAGAAAAUCAACAGCAGCUUUAGAAACCAAUCAAAAUGCGCUCGCUGGCCAAAUCAAGCGGCUUUAAUAGCACCGACGAUGAUCUUGCUGCCCUGGAUGCUGCGAAUCGAACCGAAUCCAUAUACAGCAUUAAAUCCAACUGGAUAACCGAGUGGCGCGUACGAAAGGAGCGUGAGAAUCUCUGCCGUGGUCUCUAUAAUCGGGUCGUUGAGCACACGGAAUGCAAACGCUUGUUGGAGGCGGCCAAGAUCUAUGGCGAAAUAACUGAUUUUAACACCUGGUCACCCAACGAGCAGUUUCAAUGGUAUCGCAAUUUCGGUGCCAACCUGACGAAUUUUGGCCGGAACAGCUCGACGGAGACGAGCGCCACGCCCAUGGAGGAUAGCGGACCGGCACUGGUGUUGCCGCCAUUCGAAACGUGGCAGACAAUCGCCAUUGCGCUGUGCCUGUUCCUCUGCAUCAUUCUGACGGUGGGCGGCAAUAUUCUCGUGCUGCUGGCCUUCAUUGUCGAUCGGAAUAUACGACAGCCCAGCAACUACUUUAUAGCCUCGUUGGCCGCAACGGAUAUGUUGAUAGGCACCGUUUCGAUGCCCUUCUAUACCAUCUAUGUGUUGAAGGGCUAUUGGGAUCUGGGACCUUUACUCUGCGACUUGUGGCUGUCUGUGGACUACACCGUCUGCCUGGUCUCCCAGUACACCGUCUUGCUGAUCACCAUCGAUCGCUUCUGUUCGGUGAAGAUUGCGGCCAAGUAUCGCAGCUGGCGUACUCGCACUCGGGUCAUUUAUAUGGUAUCCAUCACCUGGAUCAUACCCACGCUGCUGUUCUUCAUCUCGAUCUUUGGCUGGGAGCACUUUACGGGCAAACGUGAUCUGUUGCCCGGCCAGUGUGCCGUACAGUUUCUCAAAGAUCCGGUCUUCAACACGGCCCUGAUCAUUGGCUACUACUGGACCACGUUGAUUGUGCUGUUCGUGCUGUAUGCGGGCAUCUACAAGACCGCCUACGACAUGCAGAAGCGCAGCGAGGCCAAGCAGCGCAAGAUGCAGUCGAUGGUGGCGCUCAGCGCUGGCGCCAUGUCCGGCAUGGCGGGUCAUGCGGCCGGCAUCGGUGUGAUCGAGGAGAAGAUACUGAAGACAAAGGUGCAGCUGUCUGAUCUGGAUGGCGGCACCUGCACGACGACAGUGAAGCGUCUCAGUGGCUCCGGCCAGGCCAAUCCGCUGGCGCAGGUCGCCGAGUCCGUGUCCCUUGAGCAACUGACGCCGGAACAGCGACGCGCAUCCGAGGCCAAACUGGAGGAAUCGAAGCGUGCUGCGGCCGAGGCAGAGAAGAGCGAACGCUCAAGCAGUCCGGCCUUCGAUUCGGAUGAGGAGUCCUCGGUCAAUCAGACGCAGCAGCUGAUCAAUCAACAGAAGCUCAACAAUAUGCGCAAGCGCUCCUCCAUUGGCCUGGUGUUCGGGGCGCAGGCGGCGCUCCUGGCGACACGCAGCAAAGGUAACUUGCAACUGAGCACCACCAGCUCCAAGUCGAUUGAGGCCAUGCAUUCCAUGGGCGCCCGCUCGCCACACCAUCAGCACCUGGCACAGCAAACGAGCCUGCAGCGUGCCCAGAGCAAGGAGGAGGUGGGCAUGGGGCAGUAUCAGGCGCAUACGCUGCUUGAGCGACCCAAGCGCACCUCCUGCUCCACUCUGUCCCAGAUAGCCGAGCAUGAACGCUUCAUUGACAUCCAUCAAACCUCCAAUCCAGCCAAUGACCAAGACCCGCUCUCACCCGUGGACCUGGCGCCCAUCGAGGUGCCGUGCGACCAGGUGCAACAGUGCCUGGUGCAGGCCAUCCUGCCGCCGCCGGAGGCCUUCCAGUGCCCCACGCCCCUGUCCGACUACUCGGAUCGUCCGUUCGGCAACAGCUCCGGCAACAGCGAACUGGCCAACACCUACGACCUGCUGACCAACAACUCCGAGCUACGCUACAUGGACGAGAGCUCAGCCAUGCUGGCCACGAACGACAGUGUCAGCUGCUCCCACAGUGCUUCGCGCUCCGCACGACCCACGUCCGUUUCCUCGGCAAAGCGCAGUGCCAUUCCACCACCGCCACCCGCACGCAAACAGCUCCAAAGCUCCCCCACCGUUUCCAGCCAACAGCCACAGCCACAGCCGCAGCAGCAGGCAACGGACAGCCAAUCCCAGUCCGAGGAACAGGUAGCCAUUGAAAAACGUCUUCUCGUCUCAUACACAGGCAUCGAGGACUUCGCCAAGGUGCGACGCGAGAGCUGCAUCGAGGCCAUCUGCCUGCUGGACGUGCCCGGCGGCAACGAUCGUGUCCAGGCGGAGUGCCCGCAUCGACGCGCCUCCAGUCCCAUGGAGACGAGCAGCAAGGAUGCCGUGCUCUAUUCGCCGAUGCCGCCACCACUCAAACCCACUCCAGCUGUGGGCAAUGCGGCGGGAGCAGCGGGAGUUGCUCCCAAGCCGCCCGUUGCUGCUCCAAUGCCAGCGCCCGCUGUCGUUCAGCUGGAGCGGAUUGAUGAGCGCGAGGCAUCCGAGACGAACACCAAUAAGAUGCCCUCCACAUCGGGCACCACCAGCAGUUCGGCGGGUGCAGCCGGUGGCAUACUGAAGGAUGCCAAGGAUGCGGAUGAGGGCGGCGUGUCGCGGCGCAGCUCCAGCAAACGUCACUUCAUGCACUCCAUUGGCAAGCACUUCAAGAGCAAGAAGGCUCUGCCCCUGGUCAUGGGCAUCGGCGGCAGCCGACAGAAGUCCAAGUCCGAGAAUCGUGCACGCAAAGCGUUCCGCACCAUCUCCUUCAUCUUGGGCUGCUUUGUGGCCUGCUGGACGCCGUAUCAUGUGCUGGCCCUGGUCGAGGGCUUCUGCCGGAAUCCGCCGUGCACCAACGAGCAUCUGUACAUGUUCUCGUACUUCCUCUGCUAUGCCAACAGUCCAAUGAAUCCCUUUUGCUAUGCACUGGCCAAUCAGCAGUUCAAGAAGACGUUCAUGCGCAUCCUCAAGGGAGAUCUGCACAUGACCUAAGCGCCGCCAGAUCAGUAUUGAGUUUAGUUUGAAUUGAAGGAGAAGGAGGAGCAGGAGAUGAUGAUGAUGAUAGCAGCUGGAUCCGAUUUUGGCAUUGCAUUUGCUUUAUCGCCGGCACAGCAUUCCCGAGAGCCCCGCGGCAUGCUGUGUCCACGUUUGAAUUCUAUUCCAGAUUGUUUGUAAAUGCUCCGCCAAAGUCCUGGAUCCCGCCCGGACGCCAAUCGAAUUCAAAAUUCGUUGCGGUGUUUGUAUUUUAAGCAGCCAAAGGUGUGUGUUAGUUAGUGAAUGGAACUAUUUGUUUAGCCACUAGUUGCUAUUAGAAUGGACGUGUAGUGGAGUUGAGGCAAAUGUUUUAGACAAUAAAUAAAUUAAUAAUUAUAAAG